AAGCUUGCCUUGUCAUUGUUACCAAACCAGAAAAUGAGUAAUGCAACUAGCUAUCUUCCUGUCCCCAUCAAUGAAGAUGUCCUUCCUCAUGUCAACAUCUCAGUGGGGGACGAGCAUGAAGCUUGUGAAAACUGCUGCACUACCGUCCACAAACGAUUUGGAUGGUUCCACUACACAGCAGAGGCAAUGGCUGCCUCCAUCAUCAUCCUGGCCUCCUACGACAACGAUGACAACAACGGUGAGAAGAGCUAUGCACAACAUAGAGCCCUCCUUAUUGUCGCUUCCGUUGAGAUGUUGAAGACUAAGGUGGCCGAGCUGCUGGAGGCCGAGGAAGCGAGAAAAGCAGCAGCGGCGGCGGGAGGAAGAGACGGUGGUGGAGAAGAUGCUUGAUUCGUAGGUUCUGGAAAACGAGCAG